AUGUUUGCAGGUGUCCACAGAGGAGACAACAAGUCGACCGUCGCCGACUGCGUGACCGACAUCCGCGCUGAUGAGUCGACCACCAAACCGACACUAGUUUUUUUCUAUCACAAGAGUGAUCAGGACACCCUUGGACACGUGGACUUCUCGUACGAGGUCAUGGCCGCCCUACGCAUCACUGACGGGGCCAUUAUUGUGUUCGAUUGUAUUGACACCUACACCGAGAGUUUCAUUCGGCAUGCCAUGGCCAAGGGCAUUCGCCUUGUUCUCACACUCGUGAAAACACCAGGUGAGGACAGGGCGAAUGCCCUCGGCCAUGGCCUGCCCAAUGACACUUUCGGUCUCGGCCUAGAAGCCGUGUCCACAGAGGAGACAAGUAAAAUCAUGAAUAAUAUCUGUAACAUCUCACUUUCGACCGUCGCCGGCUGCGUGACCGACAUCCGCGCGGACGAGUCGACCACCAAACUGACACUAAUUUCUUUCUAUCACAAGACUCAUCAGGACACCCUUGGACACGUGGACUUCUCGUACGAAGUCAUGGCCGCCCUCCGCAUCACUGACGGGGCCAUUAUUGUGGUCGAUUGUAUUGACACCUACACCGAGAGUUUCAUUCGGCAUGCCAUGGCCAACGGCAUUCGCCCUGUCCUCACACUCGUGAAAACACCGGAGAUUACGAAAUGA